AUGCCGUCACGGAGCUGGUUGGGCAUUUCCCUACUCGUUUCGUUGCUUUCCAUCCACCUUGCUACAUGUGCUGAGUACAAUCGAACAAAGCGUCAGGCUCCUUUCGUUUGUGGAUCCGACCCUUACCGAUUUUUCUCCGAAUUUCGUAAGUCUUCUCUUCGCUGGAAAUUUAGAAAAAAAAACACGUAAUUGAAUUGGUCAAGGAUGAAAAAAAAGCUGAUUAAUCAUACUUAGCGUGUAAUCUCUACCCGACUUGUUCCAACGGCGGCUUCAAACUUAACGUCGGCUGCACUACCAACUUCCAGUGUACUCCGUACGCAGCAAACGCUGUGUGCGUCGGUGCGUCUUUCAAACUUUUUUUAAAAUUAAAAUUGGACGUUUUUAAGCCAACUGUUGCUGCUCGGUGCCGAUAAUGGUAGGCACUCCAUCGCCAUGGCAAUGGACUACAACCCGCAUUUUCUACAACUAUUCCUUCCAAGCUUCUCCACUUCUCGUUGCACUGUCUCUGUUAUCUGCACGUUUGUUCUUCUAA